AUGGCAAUCACCGACCUCCUCGUUCUCAUCACUCUCGUGUUAAUGUUCAAAAUCUACAUGUACUACACCCCUUUCUCCUUCCUCUCCCUCUCCGCAAUUUGUCCUUCCAAUAUGUACAUGCGGGUAGUUUCUCUGGACUUUUCCGUCUGGUUAACCAUGUCCUUCACCUUUGACCGUUUUGUCAGCAUUUGCUGCCCAAAGCUGAGACUCACCUAUUGCACGGAUAAGACGGCCGUCGCGGUUAUUGUGUCCCUGUUCGCACUGAGCUGCUUAAAAUACAUUCCCUUUCAAUUCAUGUACGAGUCACGCUUCACCGUGGAUAGUGUGGAAUGGGAGUGCCAACCCAAACGCGCAUUCUUCAUUUCCGGCUGGUGGUUGCUGUUUUCGUGGAUGUGUUCAAUCUCAGCCCCCUUACUACCCUUCCUAAUAAUUCUAUUCUUCAACGGACUGACGGUCAGGAACAUCAUAGUGGCCAACCGAGUUCGUCGCCGCCUGAAGGCAAUUGAUCGCAAGGACACUGAGACGGAGAAUCGGCGGAAGUCCAUCGUUUUACUAUUCACAGUGUCCAGCGCCUUCAUUCUGCUGUGGACAACGGCAGCUGUAACCUUCCUCUGCACUCGGGUUACUGUGAAUUUCGCGGGCGGGGAUCACACAAGCCCAUCUUACAUCGCCAAUGAAGUAGGGAUCUUGCUCAUGAACUUCAACUCCUGCGUCAACACGUGUAUCUACGGAUUGACACAGAGGAAGUUCAGGCUGGAGGUGAAGAACGCGCUUACAUAUUUACCGCGUCUUAUUGUUCAACUCGUGACACCCGCGCGGCAGUUGCCUAAUACUGGGGUUGGGGAAUGA